GCGCAACGCAGAGUGGGAGGAGCAAGUACUAGUGCCAACUACUGGACCUACCUAAAACGGCGAACGGCCGGUGACCGCGUGGCAGCUCGACAACUGAACCUCCCACUCUGGGCGCCUCUGUCAUCCUAUCGUCGCCUCUCCGCUCAGGCUCUGGCACCGGUGCUGGCCCUCGCUUUGUACUCUACUCUGUGACAUGACUGCGGUCCUUCAAGCGAGUGAUGUACUGAACAGGAACAGGACUAUGGCCUCGCUUGACGACAACACAAUCAAUUAUGCCUCCUCCACCGACUGGAAGGCGAAGUACAUGGAGGUCGCGGAUAUGCUGGCAGAAACCCGCGCGGAGCUCGAUGACUUCCAUGGUUCCAGCAAGGAGUUGGAGGAGGAGUUGGAGAGAGAGCUGGAGCGGACCGAGAAAGCGCAGCAGGAUCUCAAGGUCAAGGUAGCCAGAGCCGAGCAUGAGAGAGACGAGUGGAAGUCCAAAUUCAUGUCGCUGCAAACGACCCACAACAUGACAACGACGUCGUUGCAGCGCGAACUCGACACAUUGCGUGGGGAGCAUCAGAAGAUCAAAGUCCAACUCCGCGAAUUGGAGAUGGGUAAUGACGACUUGGAACGGAAUGAACGAGCCAUUUCAUCAAGUCUUGCCGAUGUUGAAAGCAAGUAUGGGCGGGUCCUGGAGGAGAAGAUCCUACUCGAACACGAGCUUAUGGACAAGGCUAAUGUAGAGGAGGAAUGUCAACGGCUGAAGGACGAGCUCCGAGAUGCGAACGAGGAGAUCAACAUCAUGAAGGACCAGCUCGCCGCUGCACAAUCGCGCCCUCCUACAAUGACAGACACCGAGUCAUCCGCACGGUCUGUUACAUCUACCGCACCCUCUUCCAUCUCAGACGACAACCUCCUUAGCGUCGCGGCACCCUCAGACCUCUGCUUAGCAGACCUCUCACCGGACUCCGAGACCUCAGCUAGGGAGACCAAGGAGACUCCGAAAUACGCAACACCUCGACCCAUCAGAUCACCUACCAUCCCCGGCUACACUCCAUCACCGCUGCUUCACAGGUCUACUUACAAAGUGUCGCGUCUGGCGACGCCACCGACCAGCUCCUCGCCCUCCAUGGCUCGCUCGAGCACUGUGCCGUCAUUAUCUACGCCGUCACGUCUACCCCCCCGUACGCCCGUCCCGAGACCGACCGCCAGCCGCAAUGUGUCGAGUUUCAGCUCUACAAGCACCAGCAGUGGUGUUCCUGGGACAACGUCAAGGAGCAAGGGCGUGCAAAUGGUGUCGGAGAUGAGGGCUCGCGUCAAGGUGCUGGAACAGAAGAUCCACACUCGCGUUCCCAGGUUGCGCAUGGGCAGUACAAUCAGUCGAACCACAGGGAUGCCGCCACCUCCGCCACCGAAGGCGGGACCUUCGUUCGUGUCUGUCUCGCCUGCGCCCUCGACAUCGUCUACGCGAUCAAUGAGCAACGACGAAAGACUAUCGCCGUCCAAACCGCGUCGAUUGAGCAUAGAUUCCGAAAGGGAUCGCAAGCGUGCGUCUGGAGGUGACUCUUCGGGAUGGGUCCUCAUCAUGGACGACUCCCCGUCUCCUGCGAAGGAUAAGGACAAGGAGCGGAAGCGCGCGUCGAGCCCUUCAGCACCUUCCGCCUUCCGACCACUUCCUGCAACACCUCACGACUCACCAUCGCCGACCGGUAUACCUAGGGCCCCGAGUGCGCUUUCACAGAGCACGAUGCAUACUGGUAUUCGCCGGCCGCAGUCAACAGUGUCGGAGGGACGGAGCAGUAUCAGCACCAACGCUACUACGAGCACGGCUAGUUCGAUCCCCACACCUUCCUCACGCCCGACAACCCCUACUUAUCUUCCCUUACCAACAUACGGAGGUCCCGGGCAUGGGCUGAAGCUCUCGACAGGACUGGGCUCAGGGCCAUACCAAUUGAAGCGGUCUUCUCUGGGAGCUCCCGCCAGAUCGUCCCCUAUAGCUACAUCCCCUCCUGCGAACAUCACAACGCGCCCGAUGCCGAAGUCUUCCAUCGCCAACUCAAUGUCGCAGAGUCGAAUCGGGAAACCAACGACUCACUCGGCCGGACGGAGGAGUGUGGGCGAGGCCUCAGGAGACGAGAUGCUGACUGUUCGAGACCUCUCACGAGCGAGGUCUGGGAGCACCACGGCUCUGUAUGGGAAGAAAGGUGGAUAGUGGAAGUUGCUGUCUGUGUCUAUACUCCCGAGUUCCUUGUGCCAUUCUUCUGCGCUAAUUUCGGCCCCCUCCAGUCUUUCUAUCUUCCACAAGCAUAAUGAACUGACGAUUUACGAUGCAGUCGCAGUUUGUGUCCGCUCUUGCGGCUGUACAUCCAUGCUCCCUAUAUCCCAUGACUUAUGAUGAUAUCCCGGCCGGCCUGAUUAUUAUAUAAGUAGAGCUUCAACCCGACCUUGUUCAUUCCUUUAGCGCCACCCUGUGCAUCUGAGUUAUAGCAACCGUACUAAUGUUGUGUAAAGCGUACCUUCCUUCAUUCCGUUUCCUGUAGCUUUCAUUGGAGAAGAAUCCAACUAUUUAUUGUG